GAAAAUGCUUGUGAAAAGACUUCGUUUAUGUUUCUGAGACAAGAGUUACCUGUGAGAUUGGCAAAUAUAAUGAAGGAAAUAAGCCUGCUUCCAGAUAACCUCUUAAGAACACCUUCUGUUCAGCUAGUGCAGAGCUGGUAUGUCCAAAGUCUUCAGGAGAUCCUUGACUUUAAGGACAAAAGUUUAGAAGAUUCAGGGACUAUUCAUAGUUUUACAGAUACUGUGAUAAAAAUCCGGAAUCGACACAAUGAUGUAAUUCCUACGAUGGCUCAAGGAGUAAUAGAGUACAAGGAGAGCUUUGGCAUUGAUCCAGUGACCUCACAGAAUGUGCAGUAUUUUUUAGACCGUUUCUACAUGAGUCGAAUUUCAAUUAGAAUGCUCCUUAAUCAGCACUCUUUACUCUUUGGUGGGAAAAAUAAUCCAGCUCAUCCAAAACACAUCGGAAGCAUUGAUCCUAGCUGCAAUGUUGUUGAAGUUGUUAGAGAUGGCUAUGAAAGUGCUAAGAGCCUUUGUGAUUUAUACUACAUGAGCUCUCCAGAACUCAUCCUUGAAGAGUUGAAUAGUAAGUAA